UGACGUCAGGAAAGCCUGACCGGCAGGAGCCGAGUAUCUGGAAAUAUAACCUGAGAUCCGAGUGCCCGCGCUGUGUUAUGAGGCGCGGGACUGGCCCGCAGGUAGCGGUACUCUGGGGCGGAAUGGUUCAAGAUGAGAGGACCUGCCGCCCGUAGUGACAUGGCCACCUCCUCAGAAGAAGUCUUACUGAUCGUGAAGAAGGUGCGGCACAAGAAGCAGGAUGGGGCCCUCUACCUCAUGGCUGAGAGGAUUGCCUGGGCCCCUGAGGGCAAGGAUCGCUUCAUCAUUAGCCACUUGUACGCAGAUAUCAAAUGUCAGAAAAUCAGCCCCGACGGGAAAGCAAAAGUGCAGCUCCAGCUCAUGCUCCACUCUGGGGAGACCACCAACUUCCACUUCUCUAACGAUGCCACUGCCAUGAAAGAGCGAGAUGCUGUCAAAGAGCUUCUGCAGCAGCUGCUCCCCAAGUUCAAGAGGAAAGCCAAUAAGGAACUGGAGGAGAAGAACAGAAUGCUGAAGGAAGAUCCAGUCUUAUUCCAGCUGUAUAAAGAUCUAGUUGUGAGUCAGGUGAUCAGCGCCGAGGAGUUCUGGGCCAAUCGGUUAAGUCUGAGCUCAGUGGAGAGUGUGUCUGUGAAUAAACAAGACGUGGGAAUAUCGGCGGCGUUUCUGGCAGAUGUUCGGCCACAAACCGACGGCUGCAAUGGACUCAGAUACAACCUGACGUCUGACAUCAUUGAGUCCGUAUUCCGCACGUAUCCUGCAGUGAAGCUGAAAUACGCAGAGAAUGUGCCGCACAACAUGACUGAGAAGGAUUUCUGGAAGCAGUUUUUCCAGUCUCAUUAUUUCCACCGGGAUCGGCUGAACUCUGGAGCCAAAGACCUAUUUGCCGAGUGCGCCAAGAUGGAUGAGAAAGGGCUAAAGUCCAUGGUGUCUCAGGGAGUGAAGAACCCGAUGCUGGAUCUGAUGGCACUAGAGGAUAAGUGCUUGCAUGAGGGCUAUGGAAUCUCAUCAGCACCACCCACCUCCAGCACCAAAUCCAUCAAAGAGAACAGCAACGCUGCCAUCAUAAAGCGCUUCAACCAUCACAGCGCCAUGGUGCUCGCCGCAGGCCUCAGGAAGGAGGAGGCGCAGAGUGACCAAUGCAGUGAGACCAGCAGCACAGAUGGCAACUCCCGAGACUCUGAUUUCUUUCUGCCUCCUGUUAAAAAGGUGAAGUUACAGGAGGCCAUAGAAUAUGAGGAUUUGGACCAGACUAAUGGAAUGAAACCCAUUGUGCUGAAUCUGAAGAAAUCUGACAGGUAUUCUCAUGGUCCAACCCCAGUCCAGUCCCAGCAAUAUGCCUCCAGCCAGGAUAUUCUCAGCUCUUUCCAUAGUAUUCAACUACAAAUGGAAACCUAUACCCCAAGGCUUACUCAGGUUCUGUCGAGCGCUGCUGCCAGUAGUACGACUGCUGCUCUAACCCCGGGGGGGGCGCUGAUGCAGGGUGCCACUCAGCAAGCUAUAAACCAGCUCGUGCCAAACGACAUUCAGUUAGAGCUGAAGCACCUGUAUGUGGCAGUUGGGGAACUGCUGCGCCACUUCUGGUCCUGCUUCCCGGUGAACUCCCCCUUCCUGGAGGAAAAGGUGAUUAAAAUGAAGAGCAACUUGGAGCGGUUUCAGGUGACAAAGCUGCGGCCUUUCCAGGAGAAGCUCCGGAAGCAGUACCUGGGGACCAAUCUGACCAGUCACCUGGAGGAGAUGCUACAGACAUCCUACACCAAGUUCCACGCGUGGCAGUCCCGACGGCUGAUCAAAAAGACGUGAGGUCUUGCCUCCCAGGGCCAAUACCUUCCCGAUGUGUAUUUGUGGCCAGUGACUGGUAACCUGUGGCUGGUAUCCUGGCACAACCCCUUGCACUGCAGCCUGACAAUGACUGGUACCGGAACCAAGCCCAGGAGUCAGAAUUAAGUGCAAAGUCCAUUCACUCAGGAGCCUCUUUCCUUUCCAGCUGCUCAUGGCUCUCUCUCUACUCUCUCUCACCAACCCCCACAGACUUUGUACUCUUAUUCUUUUUCUAUUAAAUCUUGACUUGUGGCACAGGGGCCCAGCUGUAAAUUUCUUUUGGGUCCCCGGCUGUAUAUUUCCCUAGGGGCCCCGGUUGUACCGUUUACAGGUUCUACUUGUUCUGUUCGUUUUUCAGUAGAGCUGCCGUUGUCUCUCAGCUGCUCCGUUUAACCAUUUCUGUUAUCCCCAAAGCUGUGUGGGUGGUUUGUGCUGCUGCUAAUGUGACUUUACAGCAGGAGAUUCUGUGGAGCAAACUGAAUGCUGAUGGGUACUGCUAAACCCCGUUACUGCUCUAUCCAGCGAUCUGAUAAUCAUCUGUUAUGGAGCCGCCUGCCCGCAGAGGGGAGUGUGCCAUGCCCGCACCCCAUGUUGGAAUAACUUGAUCCUACCGACACAUAUGACCCCCAUACUAUCUAUGCAGAAAUUGAGAAGUAAUGAGAAUCGGGGGUGUAUCUGGAUAUUUCCGUGCAUCCCCCAGUGCAGACACAUUGGCAUUCUGUGUCAUCUGUCCCUAUGUUACCAGUGGGUGUCAGACUGCUAAUGUGGCACUGUAACGGCAAUCAGACAACCUGGAACUGCUGGUUUUGUUUUUUAAUAAACUGUAAUUGCUUUA